AUGGUAAAUGCACAACAGUGGUUAAACAGCAAAUUUCCCAACCAAGAUGCUAAAAGAAAAAUUAAGCAAUUAUAUAUUUAUGCUACUAACAGCACCGAUAACAAUAACAAUGGGAAUUAUUAUUUUUAUAAUGUCCAAUUAGAAGGAGAAUUAAAUUUAGAAGAAUUUUGCAAUUUAGAAUACAUUCAGAUUCAAGGGAAUAGUUCUAAUCUAAACAAUUAUCAAAAACUUACUUCACUGAAAAUAGCAAAUUGUAGAAAAUUAAGAACUUUUUAUCUCUAUUAUAAUAAUUCUCAGUUUACUAUGGAUGGAAGCAAAGCACUCACUACUCUUUAUUUGCAGCACUGCCAAAACUUAACUAAUCUGCAACUUUCAGAACAACUAAGCAAAUUAACUAAUCUGCAAAUUCAAAAUUGCUCUAAUUUAACUACUAUUAAUGGACUUGACAAUUUAAUUACUCUCAAUAGUUUAAACCUUAACAAUUGUGGUCAAUUAACUACUUUAAAUGGAUUAGAUGGGCUUUAUCGGCUAACAAAUUUUACUAUGGUUGGUGGAAGGGUGACCAGUCUAGAAAAUUUUAAUAAUUCAAGUGAAUUAGAAGCAGCAGCCAAAGCCCGAGAUGCCGCCCAAGCCGAUUUAGCCACUGAAAGAACUAAUCACCAAAACACCCAGCAAACUUUAAAAGUUUGGACGGCUGAGUUUGGUGACAAUCCUGAGGAAGUUAAAGCUGCCCGAGAUAAAAACCAAGCCGAUUUAGCCCAAGCCCAAAAAGCUUACACUGCCGAACAAGCCGAACAUAACAAAACUAAAACUGAAUUAACUAAUACGAAAGUUGAACGAGACUCCCAACCAAAUAUUACUCUCGCAGAAUACCAACAACUUUUAGAUAAUCAAAAACCUGAAGAAUUACCUGCUAACUGA